AUGGCGCUCGUCAACGUUCGUCGUGAUGUCACCGAUGCCUUCUAUCGUUACAAGAUGGAAAGAAUUCAGACAAAGAUUGAAGGCAAAGGCAAUGGUAUCAAGACUGUCGUCGUCAAUCUGAGCAGCGUUGCUCAGUCUCUUGCCCGCCCUGGGUCAUAUGUCAUCAAGUACUUCGGAUUUGAGCUUGGCGCUCAAACCAAUAUUGACCCUCCGGAUGACCGCUGGAUCAUCAACGGUGCUCACGAGGCUUCUAAGCUUCAGGACCAUCUUGACGGCUUUAUCAACAAGUUUGUCCUCUGCAAGAAGUGCAAGAACCCUGAGACAGACGUUGUCAUCAAGGAUGGCCACAUCGUGCUUGACUGCAAGGCCUGUGGCCAACGCACCGACGUUGAUCUUCGUCUAAAACUUAGUGGCUUCAUUCUGAAGAACCAGCCUAGGAAAGGCGGCAAGAAAGACAAAGCUGAACGCAAGGCCGCUCGCAAGGCCAAGCAGCAAGCUCUGCAGAACGGCAACAAAGAGAACGGUCAGGGAAGCGGCGGUGAGAAUUCCGAGAACGGUUCCAACGGGAGUGGUGACAAGAUUGAAGACGAGGACGAUGCUGGUAGCGACGAUGAGUUCACUCGCAAGAUUAAUGCUGACGCCCAAGUUAUUGACGCCCCUGCUGUCGUCAGAGAUGACGACUGGGCUGUCGAUAUGUCCGAGAAGGCCGUCAAGGCCCGUCAGAGCCAGCUCCCCAGCGAGUUCCGUCAGAAACUCGUCCUCGGUGGUGCCGAGGAUGAUGACGAUGAAGGAGAGAGCGGUGGUCACACCGUCUACGACACCCUGGGUGACUGGAUCCAGGAGGAAGCCGCCAAGGCUGGUAGUAUUAACAAGGUUGAUGAUAUUCAAAUUUAUGUGAAAGCCAAGGAACUUGGAAUCGAGACCAAGCACAAGACUGUCUUGGUUUUGAUCCAGACUCUGUUUGAUGAGAACAUCCUCACUCAGAUUCCCAAGCGCGCUGCAAUGCUCAAACAGAUUAUAACGUCGGAGCGUCAUGAGAAGGCCCUGCUAGGCGGCCUCGAACGUUUCAUUGCCGCUCAGAGCAAGGAACACCCCGAGCUGCUAACCAGUGAUAAGAUUGUCAAGAUCCUUCACCAGUUCUACGACAAGGACCUCAUCGUCAGUGAGGACAUAAUCAAGAAGUGGGGAUCCAAGGCGAGCAAGAAAUACGUGGAUCUUUCUACUUCCAAGAAGAUCCGCCGCGCUGCCGAGCCCUUCAUCAAGUGGCUGGACGAGGCCGAAGAGGAUUCCGAUGAGGAGUAA